UGUUCGUACAGGGCCUGCGGCCUGGUGAUAGAUCUGACGGUUCUGAUGAAGCCAGCGAGGAGGAUGAUGAGCUCAGUGAUGAUGCUGUUCAGAAACGUCGUGAAGAAUGCGAGAGAAAGGCCCGUCGAGGGGAGAUGGAUCCCCGAUUGGAGUUCGCCUUCCAACUCCUGAUGGAUGGCACAGGUUUACCCCGUCACGAGGUGAUGGACCAUGUUUUCGAAGGGGACAUGCUGGACGAGAUAAAUCAGCUUUUUCUGCCGCACAUGAGGUCAACCCUUGUGUGGUACUACCAGGUGACUGAAGAACCUGAACAGCGACCCAAUGACACAGUAAUUCAGGGGCAGACCAUGAAAGGAGGUACGAGAGGAACUCCUGGCAAUCCAGCACCGAAUAAAUCCAAGGAAGUAAAGGAGCUGAAGGAACCAAUCAAGAAGAAACUCUUCUUGACUGAUGGCUGGCAGGUUCCUUGCGCAGGAGUCUGCAUCUACAUGUUCCGAAUCAACACAUCCAAACAACUGCCGGAGGAGGGCUUUCAGAAGGACCUCUUCACUGGUGUCAUCAGCAUACACAAGGUAGGCAUUAUAACAACGAUUCAGCGAGUGGUGGAGCACGUGUUCAUGGACGCCCUAGCCCACCCGGGUGGUGAAGAGGAGGAAGACUGCCCCAUGAUAAAGAGUCUCCUACUGCCAGGACUUCGCUCUUUCUGCAGUGCCCUGAAGGUAUGUGAACUUGUUCUCGAGGAGGGAAACAUAUUCGACGAUGGUGAGACAAUGGUGGAGGAAGUCCACAAUUUUGAGACAGCCAAGGCCCUGGUCUCCACCAAAGGAGUCGACAGGAUUGAGGAGCGAGUGAGAAUAUGGAUUAAAAAAUUAAAAGAUUUUAUUCUAGAGAGCAAACAGGUGAGACGUGAGAACGAUAACUCAGGCCCACAACAGGAAUUGGAAUAUUGGAAACGCAGAGGAGCACAAUUUAGUCAAUUAGUUAAUAAACUUCAGGACACUGAAGUGAAAAUGUCUCUUCUGUGCCUCCAAGUUUCAAGGUCUAAGUUAAUUAAAGAGUGGGUCGAUGCCGAGGACGAGGUGACGUAUUGUUACAAUGAAGCUAAGGACAAUGCCAAGUUCAUUCAGGCACUGGAAAAAUGCUGUCACUGUUUGUAUCUCGAUGAUCCAGUCAAGAUGAGAGACUCGUUGGUAUCACUCCUCCAGACUGUCAGGCUCAUCUACAGUGUCUCCAGGUACUACAACACCUCGGAAAGGACUUCCUCGUUGAUGGUGAAAAUCACGAAUCAGAUGAUUGUGGCGUGCAGGGACUAUGUGACGACCAGGGGCAGGGAGACCAUUUGGGAGUUGGAGAGGAUCACAGCUAAAUCGCGGCUCAAGCACUGUCUGCGGCUUAAUAAAGCUUACAGGGAGACUUACAGACUAGUUCGCUGUUCACCAGCGAUCACGGAACAGGAGUUUUCCUUCUCCGAGACACAGGUGUUCGGAAGAUUCGACUCGUUCUGUUCACGAAUCAGGAAGAUCCUAACAAUGUUCGAUCUGAUCGACGAUUAUCAGAAGCUGUUCGAGAGGAGGAUGGAGGGUCUGUUGCUGGGGGAGGCCCUGGAGGAGGCGACCCAUGCUUUCGAAGAAGCUAAGAAGGUCGCCACAGGGAAAUCCUAUGAUUACCUGGAUCCAAGAAACACCGACUUCGACCGGGAUUACGACGUCUUCAUGUCUAAAACUGAUGCUUUGAAAGCUCAUGUAGGCGACAUCAUUGAGAAAAAUUACACCGAUGUCUGGGAGACGCCUCAGGGCAUUCGUUUCCUCACGAGGUUUGAGAAAGUCAGCAAGAAAAUUCCCCUGACAAAAUUGGACGAGAAAUACUCACUCGUUGUCAGGUACUGCGACAAGGAAAUUGAGAGGACCUUGAAAUUGUUCAAGAAGCAGCGGGAUGAUCCACCCCUCUCCAGACACCUACCACCAAUCGCUGGGCGUCUCACUUGGGCGAAUUCACUGAAGGUUCAUCUGGACGAACUGGCGAAUUCCGUGUCUGGUCAUCCUGUUUUAAGGACACUUCCCCUCACCGGGGAUCUCGUGAGGCGAUACAAUCACGCUGUCACCAUACUUCUUCAAUAUCAAACAGAUAUUGCUGAAGUGUGGACUCACCAGAAUUCCUGGGUGAUUGAAGACUGUCUGAAGAAGACACUUCUUGCUAUUGACAAGGAGAUGAACAGGAUCAAGGUUAAUCUCGAGGGGAGAAUUAUUCUGCUGCUCCGUGAGGCCGAUUGUCUGGCCAAACUCAACCUGGAGAUACCGAUCGUAGCGAAAACAAUUUUAGUCAAACGAGAUCAUUUCACUUUGAAGCACGAUUCCCUGCAACUAGUCAUCGAGGAAUUCGUCUCGACGGCACGAAGGGUCAAGCUAGAAGUGAGACCCUUGUUGCUGCCUCAUCUGGUUCGUGUUGCAUCACUCCUAAUGCCUGGACUGAAGACAUUAACGUGGACGAAGCCAGGGUGGGAGGAGUUCUGCCAGCAGUGCAGACAGGAGAUCGAAGUGUUCGAUGUUCUGAUAACCAGAGUGCACGAUGUGUACGCGAACAGGAUUCUUCAGGUGCUCGUUAGCAUGCAGAAGAUCACUCUCCACGCUUUACCGGAGGAUGAGCCGUGGUGCAUCGAGGAGUUUCUGGAGAAGACUGAGGAAGCCUGCAGAAUAGCAGCAAUUGAUCUUCACAGGAGGAGCCAGAUGGUGGAGGAAGCGGUGGAGGAAGUCCUGCAGCUGGUGAAAAAUGCAGCUGAUAGUUUUAAAAAUGCUGGUGAACCGGAUAAUUUUGAACUGGCCAACGGUGAUGGGCCACCAAGUCAAGAAGCUACUGAAGAUGGAUCUCAGCAGCAGCAGGAUUGGACUGUUGUGUGGGCAUGUUUUGAUGAUCCACACCAGUUACUCACUGCUACUGGUGGUGGUCUUUCUAAGAAUAUGCAGGAAAUGGUGAAGAACGCUGUCUCUGAAAUGCGGAGAUAUUAUUCCCGAAAAGUUGUUGAUGUUCUGAUCAAAGUAACUAGAAGCUCAUUGGACUCGAUAAGACGUAGAUUCGUGCGUGAAAUUAAUUCAGAGGGGGUGCCACGUCCUGUGUUCCUUCUGCAUGCAACCCUGAUGAUUCCGUCGGUGGUGGUGAAGCCCAGCCUCGAGGAGGUGCAGGAGACACUCACUGUAGCUGGUAAAGCUAUUGCUGGGGUAUCCAAGGGUGUUGCACAGUGGAGUGCUGGGGGUCAUAAGAGUUCCUGGCGCGGGGCACCCUGGGCACCGAAAAAAAAUCUCAUGGACGUGGUGAUGAGAGCUCAGGUGCAUGCGGAAAGAAGACGCGACGAGGAGCCCGAGGAUCCGAAAGUCCGUAGACGACGAUUAUUCAAAAUUAUAUCUGAAGAUCGUCCGAGCUUUCCCAUACAGCAACGAAAUUUUCAUAGUCUGGUUAUGGAGAAUAAGGAGGUCGUCAAAGUACUGUCGAUGUUGAGCUCGUGCACUCAAGAGUUGAGACAGGAUUUGACUGAGUUCUUGGAUCAGUGGACACCUUACAAAUAUCUCUGGAAGAACGAACGAAGUAUGCGGGAGCUUCUGAAUGUAUCCUUGUCGGAGUUUGAAAUUACCUUGAGGAAGCACAGCGAACUUGAAGACAAAUUGUCAACUGAAUCAGAUGUAGCGUAUUUCGGAUCGGCAAUAGCACUACACACGGAGAAACUUAAGUUCGGUUUGUCUACAGAGAUCAAAAAUUCCACCCACAAGAUCGGCCAAGUAAUGAAGAAGAAAUAUCGCAGGGAGAUGGAAUACGUCUACGCGGUGAUGAACGAAAUGGAUAGGAAACUAGAGCGACAAAUUCGCGAUUUGGAUGAUGUCAGACUCAUCAUGGAGACACUGAAGAAAAUCAGGGAGCAGGAGGUUGACAUGGAGCUGAGGAUCGAUCCCAUAGAGGAGGCCUUCAAUAUUGUCACCCGCUACGAGGUGCCUGUUGACCAGGAGUGCCUGGAAAUGGUGGAGACACUGCGGGAGUCCUGGGGACAGAUACUGGCUCGGGCCCACCAGAGUCACGUACUCCUGUUGCAGCUCCAGCCGCAAUUCGAGGAAGAACUCAGAAAUAAUUUGGAGAAAUUCCGAAUCGACAAUGAAGCUUAUUGCGAGGAGUACAGAACCAGCGGACCGAUGCAGACGGGAUUGACUCCACGCGAAGCUUCUGAUCGGCAAAUUCUGUUCCAGAAUCGUUUUGAUGGAAUGUGGAGAAAACUUCAGGCUUAUCAGAGCGGUGAAGAGCUCUUUGGUUUACCCAUCACCGAUUACCCUGAGCUUUCGCAAAUUCGGAAGGAGUUGAAUCUACUGCAAAAAUUAUACAAGCUGUACAAUGAUGUGAUUGACAGAGUCAGCAGUUAUUACGACAUACCCUGGGGGGAGGUAAACAUCGAAGAGAUCAACAAUGAACUCAUGGAAUUCCAAAACCGCUGUCGAAAAUUGCCGAAGGGCUUGAAGGAGUGGCCAGCCUUCUUCGCUCUGAAGAAGACGAUAGACGACUUCAACGACAUGUGUCCGCUCCUCGAGUUGAUGGCCAACAAAGCGAUGAAACCUCGUCACUGGCAGCGCAUUGUGGAAGUCACCGGUCACACCUUCGAUCUAGAGAGCGAGGGAUUCUGCCUGAAGAAUAUCCUGGAGGCACCGUUGCUAAAGUACAAGGAGGAUAUCGAGGACAUCUGCAUCUCCGCGAUGAAGGAGAAAGACAUAGAGGCGAAGCUGCGACAAGUCGUUAACGAAUGGUCUUCACACGAAUUGACUUUCAUGACGUUCAAUAACAGAGGAGAACUGCUGCUGCGAGGUGACACAACAGCGGAGACAAUCGGCCAGCUGGAGGACAGUCUCAUGGUUCUGGGAUCGCUGAUGUCGAAUCGUUACAAUGCACCGUUCAAGAAACAAAUACAGCAGUGGCUGUCCGAUCUCUCCAAUACGAAUGAGAUCCUGGAGCGUUGGCUGCUGGUGCAGAACAUGUGGGUUUACCUCGAGGCUGUAUUCGUCGGCGGUGACAUCGCUAAGCAGUUGCCCAAGGAGGCCAAGAGGUUCAGCAAGAUUGAUAAGAGCUGGCAGAAGAUAAUGCAACGGGCGCAUGAGACACCAGGCGUUGUCCCCUGCUGCGUCGGUGAUGAUCUGCUCAAGCAGCUUCUUCCCCAUCUUCAGGAGCAGCUGGAGCUCUGUCAGAAGUCCUUGAGCGGUUACUUGGAGAAGAAGCGAAUGAUGUUCCCACGAUUUUUCUUCGUGUCAGACCCAGCACUGCUGGAGAUCCUUGGACAGGCCUCGGACUCCCACACGAUCCAAAAUCACCUGCUCUCGAUAUUCGAUAACACGAGGUUCGUCAAGUUCCAUGACAUCGAGUACAACAAGAUGACAGCUAUUGUAUCGUCGGAGGGGGAAAUUAUAGUUUUGGAAAGGGCUGUGAGGGCUGAGGGAUCGGUGGAGACGUGGCUGAUGCAGCUUUUACAAACGUCACAGCAAUCUCUGCACUCGAUUAUUCGUCAGGCGAAUCUUAUGAUGAACGAUCAAAAUUUUAAUCUUCUGUCGUUUCUGGAGAAGAUGGCCGCCCAGGUCGGUCUUCUUGGAAUCCAAAUGAUAUGGACGAGAGAUGCUGAGGUCGCCCUGAUGCAGGCCCGCGCUGACAAGAAGAUCAUGGGAGAGACGAACAAUCGAUUUUUGGAAUUAUUGAACACUCUGAUUGACCAGACAACCCGAGACUUGACCAAGAUUGAGAGAACGAAAUUUGAGACACUGAUAACAAUUCAUGUACAUCAACGAGAUAUUUUUGAUACCAUGUGCCGGCUCAACGUGCGGACGGUGACCGAUUUCGAGUGGUUGAAACAGUGUCGAUUCUACUUCAAGGAAGACCUGGACAAAACAAACAUUCAUAUCACAGAUGUCCAGUUCAUCUAUCAGAAUGAAUACUUGGGAUGUACGGAGCGUUUGGUGAUCACACCUCUCACAGACAGAUGUUAUAUAACUCUAGCUCAGGCCCUCUCGAUGUCGAUGGGGGGUUCCCCCUGCGGCCCCGCUGGAACUGGAAAGACGGAGACCGUCAAAGAUAUGGGAAAAACCCUGGCGAAGUACGUGGUAGUCUUCAACUGCUCCGACCAGAUGGAUUACCGAGGCCUAGGAAGAAUCUACAAAGGUCUGGCUCAAAGCGGAAGCUGGGGAUGCUUCGACGAAUUCAACCGAAUCGAACUGCCAGUACUCUCAGUGGCUGCCCAACAAGUGGCCGUUGUCCUGGCAGCGAAGAAAGAGAAGAAGAAGCAGUUCAUCUUCACUGAUGGUGAUCAGAUAGAGAUGUGCCCGGAGCUCGGAAUCUUCAUCACCAUGAAUCCCGGUUACGCAGGGAGAAAGGAACUUCCAGAAAAUCUGAAGAUACAGUUUCGAACAGUUGCCAUGAUGGUUCCAGAUCGACAGAUCAUCAUUCGAGUGAAGCUCGCCAGUUGUGGAUUUCUGGAGAACAUAACACUCGCCAGGAAGUUUUAUACUCUUUAUAAACUGUGUGAGGAACAGCUGACCAAGCAAGUUCAUUACGAUUUUGGAUUGAGGAAUAUAUUGUCGGUUCUGAGGACUCUGGGGGCGGCGAAGAGGGUCAACAGCAAGGACACUGAGAGUACCAUUGUAAUGAGAGUUUUGCGAGACAUGAAUCUGUCAAAAUUAAUAGACGAAGACGAGCCGCUAUUCAUUUCCCUGGUAGCCGACCUCUUCCCGAAUCAAGCGCUGGAGAAGACGUCCUAUCCUGAACUGGAGACAGCCAUUGACAAUCAGGUACAGGAAGACGGUCUCGUGUACCAUCCUCCCUGGGUUUUGAAGCUGAUUCAGCUGUACGAGACUCAACGCGUCCGGCAUGGAAUUAUGACACUGGGGCCUGAAGGUGCUGGCAAAACCACUUGCAUCCACACCUUGAUGAAGGCCCUCACUCAAAUGGGAGCUUGUCACCGGGAAAUGCGAAUGAAUCCCAAGAGUAUAACAGCAGCACAGAUGUUUGGACGGCUUGAUGUAGCCACGAAUGACUGGACAGAUGGAAUUUUCUCCGCUCUCUGGAGAAAAACCCUGAAGUUGAAGAAGGAUGAGCACGUUUGGCUGGUUCUUGACGGCCCAGUGGACAGCAUCUGGAUAGAAAACUUGAAUUCAGUGCUCGAUGACAAUAAAACCCUGACACUGGCCAACGGUGAUCGUCUAUCAAUGGCCCCAACUUGUAAAAUUAUAUUUGAGCCUCAUAAUAUCGACAACGCAAGCCCUGCGACAGUCUCCAGGAACGGUAUGGUCUACAUGAGCUCCUCCGGACUGGAUUGGAAGCCCGUGGUUACCGCGUGGCUGAAGAACCGAACUCCACUUGAACAAAACGUCCUCGAGAAAGCCUUUGACGAGUCGUUCCUCCAGAUCUACACGUGGUGCACUCAGACCCUGGUGCUGACGAUUAAAGUACUGCAGACUAAUAUCGUCAGGCAGAUGCUUUGUCUGCUGGAGGGAAUGGUUCCACCGGAAGUACCUCCCGAGGAGGUCGAUGAUGACGACGAUGAGAGGGACAAGCCCCAGCCGAUGACAGGGGAGCGACUAAAACGCCUCUACAUAUUCGCCCAGAUCUGGGGCAUCGGGGCGUUACUCGAGACUUCAGACAGACUGAAGUUCGACGAGUACUUGAGCACAAACUUCGGAAGUCUGGACUUGCCAAAGUCCGAGAAAUACCCGGAAGCCGGAAUUUUUGAUUUUUAUGUGAAUGACAAGGGCAAGUGGGACACCUGGACAACACUCGUCACCAAUUACACAUAUCCUGAUUAUGCAACACCAGAUUACAGCAGCAUUCUCGUGCCAAUUGUUGACAACGUGAGGAUUCAGUAUCUCAUUGACAUGAUCGGUAAGAAGGACAGAGCGGUACUGCUGAUCGGUGAACAGGGCUCAGCGAAGACAGUCAUGAUGAAGUCUUACAUGAAGGGAACCAAUCCUGACACGACACUGGGGAGAUCCUUCAACUUUAGUUCAGCAACGACUCCCUAUCAGUUCCAGAAGACCAUUGAGAGCUACGUAGAGAAGAGAAUGGGCAACACCUUUGGUCCUCCCGGUGGCAAGAAGAUGCUGAUCUUCGUGGACGACAUCAAUCUCCCAGAGAUCAAUGAGUGGGGCGAUCAGAUCACCAAUGAGAUCGUCCGCCAGACGAUGGACAUGAAGGGAUUCUACUCGUUGGAGAAACCCGGAGACUUCACGACUAUCGUUGAUGUUACGUUUCUGGGGGCUAUGGGUCAACCAGGAGGCGGAAGGAAUGACAUUCCUUCCAGAUUGAAGAGACAAUUCUGCAUAUUCAAUUGUACCCUCCCCAACGAUUCAUCGAUCGAUAAAAUUUUUAGUGUUCUGGGUGAGGGUCACUACAAUGCCAAGAGGGGAUUUUCAACGGAAGUGAGAAUGCUGAUCAAGAAGAUGGUGCCUCUGACGAGACUACUCUGGCAGAGGACGAGGGCAAAAUUGCUGCCGACGCCAGCGAAAUUCCAUUACGUCUUCAAUCUUCGGGAUUUAUCGAGAAUUUGGCAGGGCAUGAUUGGCACGUUGUCAACUGUCAUUGAAAAGGAGAGUCAUCUGAUGCUCCUGUGGCGGCACGAGUGCAGCCGAGUCUUCAGCGAUCGCUUCACCAUUCAGGCGGACAAAAACUGGUUCGAUCAGGAGGUCAAUGACAUCGUCGUUGAAUACCUGGGGGAACAGUACACCGAGAUGAUGGGGAAGAAUCCAGCAUUCGUGGACUUCAUGAGAGAUGCCCCGGAGCCAACCGGAGAAGAGGGUGAGGACGCUGAUAUGGAGUUGCCCAAGGUCUACGAGCCGGUCUUCGAUGAUCAGACACUUCGAGAUAGACUGGAGAUGUUCCUCGCACAGUUUAAUGAAAUGCAAAGAGGCGCAGGAAUGGACCUGGUAUUUUUCCCAGACGCAAUGCUGCAUUUGGUGAAAGUCUCACGUGUCAUCAGACAUCCUCGUGGGAAUGUCAUGCUGGUAGGUGUUGGUGGCUCUGGAAAGCAGAGUCUCACCAAGCUAUCGUCGUUCAUCGCAGGGUACAAGACAUUCCAAAUCACCCUCACGCGAUCCUACAAUGUCACCAACUUCCUCGAGGAUUUGAAGUUCCUCUAUCGGUCCUGCGGAGGACAGGGUAAAGGCACGACCUUCAUAUUCACGGAUUUGGAUAUCAAAGAGGAGGGCUUCCUCGAGUAUUUAAAUAAUAUCUUGAGCUCCGGUGUUAUCAGUAAUCUGUUCACAAGAGACGAACAGACGGAGAUCAUUCAGGAACUGACGCCGAUCAUGAAACGAGAGAAUCCAAAAAGAACUCUCAAUAACGAAGUCGUCAUGGAGUACUUCCUCCAGAGAACCUGUCAAAAUCUUCACGUUGUUUUCUGCUUCUCACCCGUUGGCGAAAAAUUUCGGAAUCGUGCACAGAGAUUUCCAGCAUUAAUAUCUGGCUGUACUAUCGAUUGGUUCCAGCCUUGGCCCCGCGAUGCCCUGGUACUCGUUGCUGAUCACUUUCUUCAUGAUUUCGAAAUAGCAUGCAGCCCCGAAGUGAAGAAACAACUCGUCGCUGCUUUGGGAUCAAUUCAAGACGUUGUUUCAGAAACAUCUGCCGAGUAUUUCCAGCGAUUCAGGAGAGCCACCCACGUCACCCCAAAGUCGUAUCUCAAUUUCAUCGGGGGAUACAAAAAUAUCUAUCGAUCGAAGCAACACGAGCUGGGGGAAGGGGCUCGACGGAUGGACACUGGUCUAGCUAAACUCGAGGAGGCCUCGAUAUCCGUCGAACUCCUGAAGCGCGAUCUCGCUGUGAUGGAGCAGGAGUUGGUAACAGCAUCAGAAAAAGCAGAGACAGUACUUCUGGAAGUUACUGAGAGAGCCACCCAAGCAGAGUCUUUCAAGAAUCAGGUGCAGAAAGUCAAGGAGAAGGCAGAAGCCCUAGUCGCGAAUAUCGCUGAGGAGAAAGCCCUCGCCGAGCAGAAACUGGAAGCCGCUAAACCCGCCCUAGAGGAGGCAGAAGCCGCCCUGAACACCAUCAAACCAGCGCACAUUGCGACAGUUCGAAAACUGGGGCGUCCCCCACACCUGAUCAUGAGGAUCAUGGACUGCGUUCUGAUUCUCUUCCAGCGGAAAAUCAGUCUCGUCAUUCCGGACGCAACAGCUCUGUGUCCAAAGCCGUCUUGGGCUGAGUCUCUGAAGAUGAUGGCUAGCACAACAUUCCUCCUUCAGCUCCAGAACUACCCGAAGGAUAUCAUCAACAACGAAAUGGUGGAGCUCCUGCAGCCGUACUUCAAAAUGGAGGACUACAAUAUGGAAACAGCUAGACGAGUCUGUGGUGAUGUGGCUGGAUUGCUGUCGUGGACGAAGGCUAUGGCGUUUUUCCACUCGGUUAACAAGGAAGUCCUCCCACUGAAGGCCAAUCUCACGCUGCAGGAAGCCAGGCUGAAAGUUGCGAUGGAGGACCUGGCAGAUGCUGAGAGAGAACUCUCCGAAAGAGAAAUGGCACUGCAGGGGGUGAAAGCCCAGUAUGAUGCAGCUGUCUCCGAAAAACAGCGUCUCACUGACGCAGCUAAUGUCUGUCUGAGGAAGAUGACAGCUGCUACAGCGUUGAUCAACGGUCUCGGUGGUGAGAAAAUUCGAUGGACCGAGCAAAGCGGAGAGUUUAAAAUUCAAUUGGGAAAACUCGUUGGAGAUGUCCUCCUGGCGACUGGCUUUCUCUCUUACUGCGGACCUUACAAUCAACAAUACCGAUCGCGUCUUGUCAAUUGCUGGAUGAACAUCUUGACAACUCGAGCCAUUCCAUUUACCAAGGACUUGAAUAUCAUCAAUAUGCUGGUGGAUACUUCAACAAUAUCGGAGUGGACGCUUCAGGGACUUCCUAACGAUGAACUCUCUGUUCAAAAUGCCCUGAUUGUCACCAAGUCAUCAUCGUAUCCACUGCUCGUCGAUCCUCAGACCCAGGGAAAAAUGUGGAUAAAGAAUAAAGAGACCUCGAAUGAGCUGCAGAUCACGUCCCUGAAUCACAAGUACUUCAGGACUCACUUGGAGGACAGUCUGUCCUUGGGAAGGCCUCUCCUCAUCGAAGAUGUCAAUGAGGAGCUUGACCCAGUUAUCGAUAACGUUCUCGAGAAGAACUUCAUAAAGUCUGGAUCCAUCGAAAAGGUCAUCGUCGGGGACAAGGAGUGCGAUGUAAUGCCCGGGUUCAUGCUCUACAUAACGACAAAGCUCCCCAAUCCCGCCUACAGUCCUGAGACAUCAGCCAAGACAUCGAUAAUCGAUUUUACAGUGACGAUGCAAGGCCUUGAGGAUCAGCUCCUGGGUCGAGUGAUCCUCAUGGAGAAAUCCGAGCUUGAAGCGGAACGUGUGGCAUUGUUUGAGUCCGUCAUGACUAAUCAGCGAUCCAUGAAGGAUCUGGAGAGCACUCUGCUGCAUAGAUUGACCUCUUCAGAGGGGUCUCUCGUCGAUGAUGAGGCUCUCAUCGGUGUUCUGAGGGAGACCAAGUCAACAGCUGAGUCUGUCAACGAGAAACUUCAGGUUGCCGCCCUCACUGAGAAAAAAAUCACGAUAGCCAGGGAAGAGUUUCGUGCUGUUGCUGCUCGAGGUUCAAUUCUGUACUUCCUAAUCGUCGAGAUGAGCAACGUCAACGUCAUGUACCAGAACUCGUUGAAGCAGUUUCUCACCAUAUUCGAUAACUCGAUCACCAAAUCGACGAAAAGCAACAUAACGUCGGAGAGAAUUGACAUUAUUUUGGGUCAUUUGACGUACGAGGUGUGGGGAUUCACCCUGAGGAGUCUCUACGAGCGUCACAAGUCCUUGUUCACUCUCAUGCUAGCCAUGAAGAUAGACUGUCAUCGAGGAGCCAUAUCCCACGCCGAGUUCAUGGCGUUUAUCAAGGGUGGAGCAUCCCUAGAUCUGAAUGCAGUAGCUCCAAAGCCUUUCCGCUGGAUCCUGGACAUCACUUGGCUGAACCUCGUGGAGAUUAACAAGUUGGAAGUGUUCUCCGAGAUCUUAACGAAAAUUGAAUUUUCCGAACGUGAAUGGCGGCUCUGGUACGAGAAGGAAAGACCAGAAGAAGAGGAAUUGCCCUGCGGUUAUCAGAAGAGCCUGGAUGUCUUCAGGAAGCUCUUGCUGAUCAGAUCCUGGAGUCCUGACAGAACUCUCUCCCAAGCAAAACGCUACAUCGUUGAGUCCCUCGGAAAGGACUACGGCGAAGCCAAGAUUCUUGAUCUGGACGCUACAUGGGCUGAAUCAGAACCAGAAACUCCCCUGAUCUGCAUUCUCUCGAUAGGAUCUGAUCCAAGUCCAUCGAUAACAGCACUGGCCAAGCUGAAAGCCCUGACCCUGCGAGCGGUUUCCAUGGGUCAGGGACAGGAAGUCAUCGCUCGAAAAUUAAUCACCGACGCUAUGAGCACUGGGGGUUGGGUCCUCCUCCAAAAUACUCACCUCUCCCUGCCAUUCUGCACCGAAGCCAUGGAGACUCUGGUGGAGGCUGACAACAUUCACGAGACCUUUCGUCUGUGGUUGACGACCGAGGUCCACGCUCAAUUUCCCAUCGGGCUCCUGCAAAUGGCCAUUAAAUUCACGAACGAGCCUCCCCAGGGAAUUCGUGCGAGUCUCAAAAGGACCUACCAAGGCGUCACCCAGGACAUCCUCGACUAUAGCACCCAAUCCCAGUGGCCACCCCUGCUCUACGCCGUUGCUUUUCUUCAUACAGUCGUUCAGGAGAGGAGGAAAUUUGGCCCUCUCGGUUGGAAUAUUCCCUAUGAAUUCAAUCAGGCGGAUUUCGCAGCGUCUGUUCAGUUCAUCCAGAAUCAUCUGGACGACAUGGAUCCCAAGAAGGGCGUGUCCUGGCCUACUGUAUGCUACAUGCUUGGAGAGGUUCAAUAUGGCGGCCGGGUCACAGACGAUUUCGACAAACGACUGCUGACGACGUUCACCCACGUCUGGUUCUGUGACGUUCUCCUGAGGCCGGGGUUCGAGUUCUACAAGGGAUACAAAGUCCCCCAGACUCGGAUAAUCCAGGGGUACAUGGAGUACAUCAAUAAUCUCCCAGCUACUGACACACCUGAAGUCUUUGGCCUGCACUCCAACGCCGAUAUAACUUACCAGAUAAACACAGCGAAAGGCAUCCUGGACACUAUUCUCAACGUUCAGCCGAAGGAGGGUGGCUCCCAGGGGGGAGAAACUCGGGAGAGUGUUGUCUACAGACUGGCUGACGAUAUGCUGGGAAAAUUACCGAAGCAGUACAAUCCUUUCGAUGUUAGGGAUGCGCUGCAACGAAUGGGAGCUUUGCUACCGAUGAAUAUUUUUUUACGACAGGAGGUGGACAGGAUGAGACGAGUCAUAGCCGAGGUACACUCCACCCUGACGGAUCUCAAGCUAGCCAUCGACGGGACAAUCGUGAUGUCCCAGGGGCUGAAAAAAUCACUGGAUUCCAUGUACGAUGCGAGAAUUCCAGAGAAGUGGCAGAAAAUAUCCUGGGAAUCGGCGACUCUUGGAUUCUGGUACACUGAACUUCUGGAGAGGGAUGCACAGUUCCGGCACUGGUGCAAUCAUGGCAGACCGAAUGUUUUCUGGAUGACGGGGUUCUUCAAUUGUCAGGGCUUCCUCACGGCCAUGAGGCAGGAAGUCACCAGGGCGCAUAAAGGAUGGGCCCUGGACUCUGUGGUCCUUCAGAAUCUGAUCACUCGGUAUAAUAAGGAGGACAUCAGGGAGCAGGUGCAGGAGGGGGUUUACGUGCAUGGACUCUUCCUCGAGGGGGCGUCCCUCGAUCGUAAGUCGGGGAAAUUGGUCGAGAGCAAGGCUAAAGUUCUCUACGAACAAAUGCCUGUCAUCUAUAUUUACGCUAUUAACACGACAGCGGGGAAAGACCCGAAAUUGUACGAGUGCCCCAUUUACCGGAAGCCCCAGAGGACCGAUCUCAAGUAUGUGGGGUCGAUAGACUUUGAGACAGAUCAUAAUCCUCGACAUUGGACGCUUCGAGGGGUCGCUCUACUGUGUGAUAUUAAGUAAAAAAUUUAAGUGUCAUUUGUGCAAAAUAUAGGAAUGAGACUAUUGAAAAUAAGGUGUUGAACCACAGCCCAAAAACUUUUUUUCGUCCCACUUAUGUCCUAUAUUUUCCGAUCUCUUUGUGAACGAAAAAUAAAAAGAAUCACAUCUUCACGUAGGAAAUUAUAAUAUUUUUAUUAAUUAUCAAAAUAACAAAAGCCAUG